AUGCAACUGACCUCUCUCCUCUGCGCCGCCAUCCUGGCUACCCUGGGAGUCGCCUCCCCCAUUGAGUACACCCACGAGAACGACAAUGCUGUCGCUAAGCGUGCGAUUGAAUACACUCACGAGAAUGACAAUGCUGUUGCAAAGCGUGCUAUUGAGUACACGCAUGAGAACGACAAUGCUGUCGCCAAACGUGCCAUCGAAUACACCCACCCGGAUGACAAUGCCGUCGCUAAGCGUCACAUCGAGUACACGCACGAAAACGACAAUGCGGUUGCAAAGCGCCACAUCGAAUACACCCACGAGAAUGACAACGCUGUGGCGAAGCGCGCCAUUGAAUAUACUCACGAAGACAACAACGCAGUUGCAAAGCGUGCCAUCGAGUAUGAGCACGCCAACAACGGCGAUGCUACUGCAAAGCGUGCGAUCGAAUACACUCACCCGGACGACAAUGCCGUCGCCAGGCGUCACAUUGAGUACACUCAUGAAGAUGAUAAGGCGGUUGCAAAGCGUGCUGUCGAGUAUGAGCACGAGAACGACAAUGCUGUUGCCAAGCGUCAUAUUGAGUAUGAGCAUGCCAACGACAACGGUGCCACCGCCAAGCGGGCCAUUGAGUACACCCAUGAGAACGACAACGCUGUCGCUAAGCGCGCCAUCGAGUACACUCACGAAAACGACAACGCCGUGGCAAAGUAA